UUGAAUGACACUCCUCACCACAUCCGACGGGCUUCUAGAAAAAGAAAGAAAGAAUUACCGACAAAAUUUAGAGAGAGAAACAAAAAAACACAAAAAGCAUUUUAACGUUCGUCGACCUUCGCUCGACAAUCGUACGAAUCAAAUCACCCUCUCAGGUCUCAAUUCAUCGAUCAAUCCACAUUUUAACGAUCAUUCAACGAUCGCCGGAGUAGAAAUGACGGAAUCGGAGGGAGUCGCCGGGACUGCGUUUAACAUUCCGGCUACCGACGCCAACACGACGUCGUACUCAACGCCUCCUAAGCUUCCUCUGCAACUUCGACGGCGUCUUCUCGAGUCGAAAAGCCAUUCAACCACCGCAGAGGAGAUCGAAGCUAAGCUCAAAGACGCCGAUCUCCGUCGUCAGCACUUCUACGAAUUGUUGUCAAGCAAAGCACGGAAGACGAGAAGCCCGUCAUGGUUGUCUUCGCAAGGGGAAGACUCAGGUCAACGUAUUGAAGCAAAACUAAAUGCAGCUGAGCAGAAAAGGAUGAGCAUACUUGCAAAGGUUCAAAAACGCUUAGCCAGGUCUGGCGAGCUACGGCAGGCAGCUAAGACUGGUGUGGAAAUGCGUUCUGAGAAGGAACGUGGUGAGCUUGGCUUAAAAAUGGAAUCGCGGGUUCAGCAAGCAGAGACAAACCGGAUGCUUCUUUUAAGGGCUCGUAGGCAACGAAAGGCAGCAAAGAAAGAGCAGGCAGCUCAGUCAUUGACGCAGAGGCUGAUUCAGGAGAGCAAGUAUAAGGAGUGUGUGCAGGCUGCGAUUGACCGAAAGCGUGCUGCUGCUGAAAAGAAACGGUUGGGAUUGCUAGAAGCAGAGAAGUCAAGGGCACGUGCGAGGGUAUUGCAAGUACGGCGGGUAGCUAAUUCUGUCUACAGUCAACGGGAGAUCGAGAAAAGGAGAUUGAAGGACCAGUUAGAUGAUCGACUCCAAAGGGCCAAGAGGCUAAGGGACGAGUAUUUGAGGCAGAGAGGAAGUUCUCAGAGUUCAGUUUGUGCCAAUUCAAAAAUGUUGGUUGAGCAGGGGGAGUUUCCAUCAAGAAAGCUAGCAAGGUGUUGGAGGCAAUUUGUAAGAUUAAGAAGAACAACUUUUGCGUUGGCAAAGGCAUAUGUGGCUUUAGGAGUCAAUGAAAAAUCUCUUAAGUCGAUGCCAUUUGAAGAGCUUGCUCUUCAGAUUGAGUCAGCCACGACCAUCAAAGUUGUGAAAGCUUUACUUGACCGGUUUGAGAGCCGCAUUACUCUUAAAAGGGAAGCUAUUCAUACAAGUAAUCUAUCUAGUUUAGAAAAGAUUGAUCAUCUUCUUAAACGGGUUGCUCCCCCUAGUCGAAGGGGCACUGCCAGCAAUCCUACCAGAAGCAUAGGGGCAAAGAAAGUCGGGCCUAGAAGAGAAGUAGAUCACAGUAUGACUAAACUGUCAAGAUAUCCAGUAAGAGCUGUUCUCUGUGCUUAUAUGAUAUUGGGACACCCUGAUGCAGUUUUCAGUGUGAUGGGUGAGCUUGAGAUUCCCCUGGUCGACUCUGCAGAGAGUUUUGUUCGUGAGUUUGAGUUGUUGGUUAAGAUUAUAUUAGAUGGCCCCACUCAGAUUACUCAAGAGGAAACAGCCCCCUCCGCUCCCAGUCGACUGACAUUCAGAUCACAACUGGAAGCUUUUGAUAAAGCAUGGUGCUCUUACCUGUAUCGAUUUGUGGGGUGGAAGGUUAAGGAUGCUAAAUUGUUAGAAGAGGAUUUGGUGAAAGCUGCUUGCCAGAUGGAGUUCUCUAUGAUGCAGGCUUGCAAGCUGACUCCAGAAGGAUAUAAUGGCAAUCUUACUCAGGGAAUGAAGCCUAUCCAAAAGCAGGUUAAGGAAGAUCAAAAGCUUUUGAGGGAAAAGGUGCAGCAACUAAGUGGUAAUGAAGGGCUUGAACGCAUGGACUGUGCUUUGUCUGAUGUGCGGUCUAGAUUUUUUGAAGCCAAGGACAAUGGGAGUUCAUUAGCAUCCCCAGCUGUACACAGAUCACCUUCAAGUUCACCUGAUUCAUCAGAUAGGCCUGCAAUUAAUGUCCCUGAUGAAAUAGAUAAUCCAACUGAAGACUUAAAUAAUUCAAGCAGCACAGUGCACUCCUCGUUUGAGGCAGUUGAUUCUUCCCCAUGCAAUGAAGUUGAUACGUCUACUUCUAGUAGCAGUGAAGUGGGUCACUCGAGCUCUGGUGCAAUUUUGAUUAUGGAGAAUGAAAUGCUUGUAAAUGCAAUUCUCCAUGAGUACCGCCAUGGUUUUGCUGAUAGCUUGGACAUUGGUAGUGAAGAUCAGCAAAGUCUUAAGGCAAAAGUGAGAGAGACAAUGGAAAAGGCUUUCUGGGAUGGUAUAACAGAAUCCAUGAAACAGAAGGAGGCUGACUACAGCUGGGUGCUUAAACUCGUGAAGGAAGUCCGGAAUGAACUGUGUGAGAUGUCUCCUUUGAGUUGGAGACAGGAGAUUGUUGAAACUAUUGAUACUGAUACUCUUUCCCAUUUGCUGAAAUCAGGAAUUUUAGACGUGGAUUAUCUUGGGAAGAUCCUGGAGUUUGCAUUACUCACUUUGGAGAAACUCUCUGCUUCCGCUAAUGAGGAUGAGAUGAAAAAAACUCAUCAUAUGCUAUUACAAGAACUAAGAGAAAUUUCUCCAGCUGGAGAUAAUUCAAAUGAUUCAUUUGCCCUCUUAAUGAUGAAAGGUCUGCGUUUUGUUCUGCAGCAGAUACAGACUCUUAAGCAUGAGAUUAGCAAAGCACGCAUAAGGAUUUUGGAACCACUCAUAAAGGGGCCUACUGGUUUGGACUACCUGAAGAAAGCUUUUGCCAAGCAAUAUGGAUCUCCUAUUGACGCCCCCGCUUCUCUAUCAUUGACAAUGAGAUGGCUUUCUUCUGUGCUGGUUAAUUCUGAGCAGGAGUGGGAUGAACAUACAGAUUCUCUACUAGCUUUGACAACCAGUGAUGGGAGAUACCCUCAGGGGCUUCUCCCCACCACGCUUCGUACUGGAGGUAGCAUUCGAACAGCAUCAAAAAUAGACAUUCCACUCACUACUGCUACAGGUUCUGAACAACCAGAAUGCAAGGGAGAAAGGAUUGAUUUGUUGCUGAGGCUUGGUUUGUUAAAGCUUGUAAGUGAGGUUGAAGGAUUGACUGCUGAAACUCUGCCUGAAACUCUUAAGCUAAAUCUCCCUAGGCUAAGGGCUGUUCAGUCUCAAAUCCAGAAAAUUAUUGUCAUCUCUACCAGCAUAUUGGUUCUGCGGCAAACUCUUCUUGGUGAGAAGUUGGUUACCAGCCCUGUUGACGUGGAAAAUAUAGUUUCCCAAUGUGUUAUACUGCUCUAUGAGCAUUUGGAUAGCGUAGAAGAUGUGGGUAUAUCAGAAAUUGUUGAAAAGAUCAAUGGGUUCUUGGAAGGUGGUGACUCUGAAAAGGUUCGAGCAAGGAAGGAUGUUAUGGCUAACAUGUUGAUGAAGAGCUUGCGAGCUGGGGAUGCCAUAUUCACUCGGGUUUCCCGGACUGUCUACCUGGCAGCAAGAGGGAUCGUGCUUGGCGGGAGUGGAGCCAAGGGUAGGCAAUUAGCAGAGACAGCACUCAGGCGUGUGGGGUCAGCUCUUCUUACUGAUAAGGUAGUGGAGGCUGUGGAAGUGUUGGUUGUGGCGGCAACAGUGUCGGGCAGUGUUCACCGAGAAUGGUAUGAACUAGUGCUCAAGAACCUGUAAUUUUUAUUCCCGAAAAAAAAUUAAAAGCAAAAUAUAAAAAAAUCUGUGAUGCUCACAUUCUCUUGAACACAUUGUUUGUAUGUAUAUCUGAGACAGUCUGCGGUUUGAAAUGUAUUGUACAUGUAUAUAAUAUAUAUCUACACGAUAUUACUAUCAAAAAGGGCUUGUUACUUGUUAGUCCUUGUCCUUGAACUGGUUAAUGCAGUUGUAAGUUAUGUUUAUCAUUUAUAGGGAUGGUUCUUGUUCAUUCAA